GGAUGUGAAAAUAAUAAUCUUUGAAAAAAUAAUAAAUUUAUUUAGUUUAAAAUUCAAGCAAUAAUUAAGUCAUCGCUCGUCAACUCCUACAUUCCCUUGCAUUCAGUAUUCACUAACCUUUACUCAUCCAUAACCAGCACUCCUCCAUCUUUCUGUUAGUUCUCUGCUUCCUCUCUUCAUUUGGCUCUCUAAUUCUUUAGCGACUGUUUUGCUUUUCUGUUGAUUUCAGCAGUCCUUUCUUGUCUUUAUUUUCUUUUAUUUUGUUCGACUCUGAUUUCUUGGUUUAUUUUGUUUUUGCUCUGAGAUUUCAAAAAAAAAAAAAAAAAAAAAAAUUCAAAAUGGUUCUCGAUAUCUUUAUCUCCAUCUUCACUGAGGUCAUUAAAGAACCCAUCAUGGAAUUUGUUGUCGUCCCAAUCAAACGACAUAUCAGCUACCCUUUCACCUACAAGAGCAACGUUAAGAAACUCCAUCAUGAUUCUGGGAAAUUGAAGAACACAACAGUCAAGUUGCAGCAAGCUGUUGAGGAGGCUACAAGGAAAGGGGAAGAGAUCUAUGAAAGUGUCAACAAGUGGCUGAUCGAUGCAGCCAAAGCUAUUGAAGAAGCUGAGGAAUGUAUCAAAGGCGAAGAACAAGCGAAAAAGAGGUGUUUCGUUGGAUUAUGUCCUGAUUUGAAGACAGGCUACCAGCUUAGCAAGAAAGCAGAGAAGAAAGCUCUGGCAAUUCAUCAGCUUGCGAGUGAAGACGACCAUAAUCCAAUUUCCUUCCGUCCCCAUCCACAGCAGAUAGUUGCCCCGUUAGUAUAUGCUCCUGAGGGCUUGAAUUCAAGAGAGUUGUUCUUGGAGAAAGUUAUGGAUGCACUAUUAGAUCCAGAUCUUAAUAUGAUCGGGGUGUAUGGACUUGGAGGUGUGGGUAAGACCACCCUAGCAAAACAGGUCCACAGAAAAGCUCUGGAAGAGAAGCUAUUCGACGUCGUCGCUAUGGUUGCUGUAGGUCAAACACCAGAAGUCCGAAGAAUUCAAUCGGAGGUCGCUGAUGUCCUGGGCUUGAAAUUUGAUGGGGAGGAAAUACCUGGAAGAGCUAAUCGGCUAUAUGAGAGAUUGAAGAAAGAGUUGGAGAAAGAGAAGAAGGUACUUAUAAUUCUUGAUGAUGUUUGGAAAAAACUUGAUUUAAAUGCAGUAGGAAUUCCCUUUGGAGAUGAUUUCAAAGGAUGCAAAAUACUUCUCACCUCAAGGAGACAAGAUGUGUUAUCUCGCGAGAUGGGCACACAGCAAGAAUUCAAGCUCGACGUUCUACAGGACGAAGAGGCCCGGACUUUGUUUGAAAUAACUGUAGCAGGUGCUAAAGAUUCAGAAUUGCCCCCUAUCGCCGCAGAAAUUGCUAAAAAAUGUGCAGGAUUGCCUCUUCUACUGCUCACAGUGGCAACGGACUUGAGAAAUAGAGAGUCAUACGCGUGGGAUGAUAAGCUCAAUCAGCUAUCCCAGUUUGACAACGAAGAAAUCUAUUUGAAAGUGCACGCGAGUCUGGAGUCAAGCUACAAUAAUUUGUGUAGCAAUGAAGUCAAGUCGUUUUUCUUGCUCUGUGGUCUGAUAGGACAAUCUAAUAUUGAAAUCCAGUCCUUGCUGAAAUAUGUUAUGGGUCUUAGUUUAUUCAAGAACAUUUCCACUGUCCAGGGAGCAAAAAACAAAGUAUAUGGUUUGAUUGAUACCCUUAAAGCGCAGAGCUUAUUGCUAGAUGGCGACAUGUAUGGAUUCGUUAAAAUUCAUGAUGUUGUUCGAGAUACUGCUCUCAAUAUUGCAUCUAGAGAGCAACAUGCGUUUAUAGUUACAAGUGGCAUGGAAUUGAUGAAAUUCCCAAAUAAGGAUUGCACCAGAAUUUCUCUGCCGUAUUGUGAUAUUGAAAAUCUCCCCGAAGGAUGGGAGUGCCCAAAAGCAGAGGCACUAUUCCUUUUCACAGAAGUUUUUUGUUUGGGAAUUCCACAUCAGUUUUUCAAGGGCAUUAGAAACCUGGAAGUAGUGGAUUUUACUGGGAUCCAUUUUGUGUCCCUCCCUUCAUCGCUUGCUUUCCUAUCCAACCUUCAAACCCUUUGCUUGCAUCGAUGCCAACUGGACGACUUAGCUAUCAUUGGAGACUUGAAGCAACUACGAGUUCUAAGUUUUGCAAACUCCUACGUUGUUGAGUUGCCCAAACAAAUAGAGCAACUGACUCGACUAAAAGUCUUAGAUGUGAGCAAUUGUUCCAAACUCAAAAUGAUUCCAGCAAAUGCCUUAUCAAAGCUGUCGGAGCUUGAAGAACUGUACAUGAGUAACAGCUUUGUUGAGUGGGAGGCCGAUGGGAACAAUGCAAGCCUUGCUGAGUUGGAAAAGUUGUCUCAGUUGACUACCUUGGAAAUGCAAAUACUGGAUGACAAUAUAUUACCAAAACACUUGUUCUCCAAUGGCCGCUUGCAGAGGUUUAGAAUACUGAUAGGGGAUAACUGGGACUGGGAUGGCAACUAUAAAACCUCCAGAACGCUGAAACUUAAGCUCAAGGCAAGCAUUCAUUCAGGAUACGGGAUUGAAGUGCUAUUGAGGGAGACUGAAGAUUUACGCUUAGAUGAAGUGAGGGGGGCUGAGAACUUGUUGUAUGAUAUUGAGGGGGACGGCUUUCCAAAAUUGAAGUAUCUCCGAGUCCAAAAUAAUCAUGUCAUUCAACACAUUAUCAAUUCGACCAAGUGGGCAGCAUGUGAUGUCUUUCCAAUUCUAGUCUCUUUGAUUUUGGAAAAUUUAAUGAAGUUGGAGAAAAUCUGUCAUGGUCGACUCGCAUCAGGAUCUUUUAAUAAAUUAGAAAUUUUACAAGUGAGAAAUUGUGGAAGAUUAACGCAUCUCUUCUCAUUAUCUACUGCCAAAUGUCUUUUGCAACUACAGGAAAUGGAAGUGGUAGAUUGUCCUAAGAUGGAAGCUAUUGUUAUCGAUGAAAGUGAAAACAGUAACGAAGUGCUUGAAUUCAAUCGCUUGAGCUCCUUGAAUUUGCAAAAUCUUCCGAAUCUUAGAACCUUUCACAGCAAAAUGAAGGCGCCACUGAAAAUUGAGGAAUUUCUGUCACAACAGCAGAGUGAUACUCACUUAUCACUUUUCAGCAGAACGGUUUCUUUCCCCAACUUAAAGGAUCUUCGAUUGCAUUCAGUUAGUUGUGAAAAGAUAUGGCACGACCAACUUUCUGCAACUUCUUCAAAAUUAGAGAGACUGUUUGUCAAAGAUUGCAACGAGUUGAAGCAUUUAUUUACAGCUUCAAUUGUUAAAAGACUCUUGCAGCUCAACACACUUAAUAUUUCCUAUUGUAGUUCCAUGGAAGAGAUAAUACUAACAGAGGAAUUUAUAGAAGAGGAAGAUGAGAGGAUGAAUCAGAUACUCUUCCCUAAAUUGGAUGAGCUGCAGCUUUGGAAUCUUCCAAAAUUGAUUAGAUUCUGCAUUGGAUAUCAAAUUGAAUUUCAAUCUCUUAGAUACUUGAACAUAAGCAAUUGCAAUGCAUUGAUGUGCUUGGUCCCCAGUGUACCUCAUACAGGCAUGAUGGAAAAACAAGAUGACACAGAGAUGAAUCAGAAUCAGAAUCAAAAUCAGAAUGCUGAAAUUCAAUCUCUCUUCAAUGGAAUGGUUGAUUUCCCUAACUUGGAGAGAUUGAUUCUCUUCGACAUAAAUGAAUUGAAAAGGAUAUGGCACAGCCCACUUGCGGCAAAUUCCUUCUUUAAACUGAAAUUAUUGAAUGUUUCUAAUUGCCAGAAAUUGAUGGUUGUUUUUCCGUCAAAUGUCUUAGAAAGAUUCCGAAGAAUGCAGGAGUUGGAUGUGAGCGAUUGUGCUUCAUUGCAAGAGAUAUAUCAACUUGAAGAAUUCAAUGUUGAUGAAGCAUUUGAGUUGAGAAAAUUAAAUAUACAUAGACUGAGAUCGUUAAAGCAUGUAUGGAGGAAGGAUCCACAAGGAGUUUUCAGUUUUCAAAAUUUGAAAUCAGUUAGAGUUUUAGGUUGCGAUGUUCUAAACUAUCUGUUUCCAGCCUCCAUAGCUGAGAGUCUUUUGCAGCUUGAACACCUUACAAUAAUCAAGUGUGGGGUUGAGGAGAUUAUUGCAAAGGUUGAAGAUGUGGAACAAACUCCUUAUUAUUGUUUUAAAUUUCCUCAACUAACAUCUCUUGAACUUACAGAUCUAUCAAAAUUAAGGAGUUGGUAUCCAGGGAUACACAUUUCUGAGUUGCAGAAAUUGACAUGUUUGAAUGUUUGUAGUUGUCACAAGCUAAUAAAAUUCAGUUUCCAAGAAAUAGACGAAAAGAGUAGACAACUCCUACUUUUUUUGGAAAAGAUGAGUCCCAACUUGGAGGAAUUGACUUUAGAGCACAAGGACUUGAUUGCGAUACAGCAAGGACAAUUCUUUUCUAAACUCAAAAUGCUUACUCUGACCAACUUACAGAACAAAUCACGCCCUUUCAUAAUUGGUUUCCUUCAAAGAUUAUAUUCUGUGGAAACAAUUUUGGUACAAGGUCAUAAUACUUCAGAAGAGUUGUUCUCAUAUGAAGGACUUGCCGGAGAAGAAGAAGAACAUGCCAGGACACUUGCACGAGUGAAAAAUUUGAAGCUACAGAGCGUUUAUAAUUUAAAGCAUAUAUGGGACCCAGACUCCGGACUGAAACCACUUCUUCAGUAUCUCGAGACUUUGACUGUAUCUCGGUGUUAUAGUUUGAUCAACAUAGCACCAUCCUCAUCAUCUUUCCAAAAUCUAGCAACUCUUCAAGUGAGUUCCUGUGCAGGAUUGGCAAACUUGAUAACAGCGUCCACAGCCAAGUCCAUGGUGCAACUCAGCAAAAUGACAGUACAAUAUUGCCAUAUGAUGACAGAAAUAGUGACCAGCUAUGGAGAUGAUCAUACAGAGGAUGAGAUUAUUAAUUUCGACAAACUGAAAUGUUUGGAACUUGAUGGUCUGCCUGGUCUCAUCAGCUUUUGCUCCGGCAAUAAUGCCUUCAAUUUUCCAGCUUUAGAAAAUGUUACCGUCAAGGGAUGCUCCCGGAUGAAGAUUUUCGCUUUCGGAGAUCUAAAUACACCAAAGCUACGAGGAAUACUCCUGAGAGAUCAACAGCAUUGGGAGGGAAACCUUAAUGCAACACUAGCAGAAAUGAGAGUUGACCGAUAUUUUAAAGCAUCUGAAUUUCCUGAGCUCUGGCAUGAUGGGAUGCAAGGGAGACUCUUACGCAAUGUAGAAAGGCUUGAGGUGGAUAAAUGUGCAAUGUAUAACAAAGCUAUACCAUCCAAUGUACUGGUGUUUUUAAACAAGUUGAAAGAGCUUGAGGUGAAAGACUGUGAUUCAGCAGAUGUAGUAUUUGAUUUGGAAGGGGUAUCUGCUGAUGAUGGGCUACUUCCACGACUAAAGGAAUUGCAAUUAACAAGUCUGCCAAUGUUGAGACAUUUAUGGAACAAGGAUCCCAUAGGAAUUUUGGAGUUCAAGAAUCUAAAGUGGCUUCAUGUUGUAAACUGUAGCAGCUUGAAGUACAUUUUUACCUGGUCGAUGGCAUUGUGCCUCUUGCAACUGGAAAAGAUAGAGCUGAACAAUUGUAAGAUGAUUGAAGGAAUCAUAGAAAAUGAGGAAGCAGCUGAUAAGAUGAUAUUAUUGGCUUCAUUGAAAUCUGUAGUCCUUAAAUGUUUGCCUAGAUUCUCCAGAUUCUGUUCAGGAUGGAGUAACGUGGAAUGUCCACUGUUGGAGGAGAUGAGCAUACAUGAAUGCCCAAGCUUAAAGAAUAUCUUUGCCACACAGACACCUGUGAGAUUACAAGAUAAACCCAACACUAUUGAUGAAGGGAGCCAGCAAAGGCUACACAGUGAAGAGCUUCAUGCACCUGUUCUUCAUAAGAUGUUUCCAAAUUUGGAAAAGUUUUCGUUAGACAAGAAGUCUACCAUAACCAUACUUGGAUUUCAAUUUCCAACAGGCUUCUUUUCCAAAGUAAAAGUUCUUGAAUUGAGUUUCUUUCCAAACAAAUAUCAUGUUCCUCUGUUUAGUUUACUUCCAAUAUUCCCCAAUCUCGAAAGAUUUGAAGUUCUUGAUUCUUCUCUCAACGAGCUACUUCCAUUUGAAGGACUGGUUAGUGACCAAGAAGAUAUCACUACAAUUCCACAGAUAAGAGAUUUAAAGCUUAAAAAUCUUCCUGAUUUGAAGCAUAUAUGGAAUCCAGAUGGCCAACUGCAUGACCCAUUAUUUCAGUCACUUGAGACUUUUGAGAUAGAGUUUUGUGGAAAUUUGAUUGUUUUAGCACCAUCCUCUGUGUCUUUGGGAAAUCUGAAAACUCUCAAAGUAUAUGGAUGCAACACAUUGGCAAAUAUUUUUACAUCAGCCACAGCCAAAAGUAUGGUACAACUUGAGACAUUGAUAGUAAGAUUUUGCAAUAUGUUGACCGAAAUAAUAGGAGGUGUUCAAGAGGAUGGAUCAACCGAUGAGAUUGUUUUCAGUAAAAUGAAAACAUUAGAACUUGAAGAUUUACAGAACCUCACAUGCUUCUGCUUGGGCAGUUACACUUUCAAUUUCCCAUCUUUAGAACAAAUGGAUGUUUUUGGAUGCCCCAAGUUGAGGAUUUUCACUGUCCGCGAGCUGAGCGCACCAAGGAUACAUGGUGUAUUCACAGGCGACAGAUUCAAUCGAACAUUUCAUUGGGAAGGCGAUCUCAAUGCGACCAUUGAACAGAUUUACAUGAAAUAUAUUGGAUUUAAAGAGAUAUAUGAUAUUCAACUCUCCAACUUUCCCAUGCUGAAAGAAAAAUGGCAUGGCCAAUUUCCAUUCGAGAACUUGGAGUACUUGGAAAGAUUGUUGGUGGACGAGUGUGCAUUUUUCUCAAAUGCCAUAUCAUCAAAUCUACUAAAGCACUUGCACUUGUUAAAAAAGCUGGCCGUAGAAAGAUGUGAUUCAGUAGAAGAGCUGUUUGAAUUAGAAGGGCUAAAUGCUGAUGAAGGUGAUGUUGGGUUAUUAAAGUCUCUAGUAGAAUUGAGGUUAAUUGAUUUGCCUAGAUUGGUGCAUGUGUGGAACAAGGAUCCUCAAGGAAUCUUGAGCUUUAGAAACCUAGCAUUGUUGAAAGUUGAGAAUUGUAGCAGCUUGACUAAUAUAUUUACUCUGUCCAUGGCUUCGGGUCUUGUAAAGCUCAAACAUUUGGAAUUGAAAAGAUGUAAUUUGGUGCAACAUAUCAUCACAAAAGAAGCAGAAGAGGAAAUAGCAAAGGAUAAUACCAUAUUUCCAUCAAUGGAGUCCAUGAGUCUAGAGUGUUUGCCUAACUUGUCAAGUUUUUAUUCUGCAAGCGAUGUUCUGAAAUGCCCAUCCUUGAAAAGAAUUGAGAUGGUUGGCUGUCCGAACAUGGAGCUAUUAGCUUCUAAAUUUUGCAAAGAACAUGAUCUAAGCAUGAUUGCUGAGGGAAAUGGAGAAAGAAUUGCAUCCUCGUCUGGCAGGAAGGUUGUCAUCCCAAGUUUAGAAGAAUUAAGAGUGGAAUGUAACACCAUAAAGAAUCUGUGUUCUCAAACAUCUCAAGCUGAUUUCUUUUGUAAACUGAAAGGCAUUGAGUUGACAUGUAUUUCUAGUGACUCUACACUUUUGCCAUCUCAGUUCUUUGAAAGUUUACCCAUUCUGAAAAAGCUUGUUCUGAGUCAUGCUUCUUUCGAAGAUAUCAUUUUCUGUGAAGAGAUUAUUGGCGAGGAAAUACAUCCUCAAUCACUUGUGAAAUUGAAAGAACUAAGUUUGUCUAAACUGCCAAGGCUCAAGCAUCUCAGGGACGCCAAACUACUCUCAGUUUUCCAAUCUCUGGAGACUUUAAAUGUAAUGGAAUGUGGUAGAUUGCAAGUGUUAGUGGCAUCCUCUGUUUCUUUUCAAAAUUUAACAGCGCUGCAGGUAUCAAAUUGCCAAGGUCUAGUAAAUUUGUUGUCUUCUCCAAUAGCAAGAAGUCUUGAACGACUUGAAAAAAUGAAGAUAGAGGAAUGUGAACUGAUACAAGAAGUCAUAGUGGCUGAAGUAGAUAAAGAAGAAGAAGAGAAUGAGAUUUGCUUCAGCCAACUAAAAUGUUUGGAACUUCAACGUCUACCAAGCCUCUCUAGCUUCUGCUCUGGGAAUUUGACCUUUAGUUUCCCAUCUAUGGAAGAAGUGAUCAUUGUAGAAUGCCCCAAUAUGAAGAUUUUUGCUCAAGAAGUAAGCACGCCGCAGCUGUGGAGAGUUCAAACAGGACCACAUAUAUAUAAAUGGGGAUGGCAAGACAUUAUAUGUGAUUGGGAGUGGGAAGGCAGCCUUAACAACACCAUUGAAGCACUAUUUAAGGAAAAGAAAGCUGAAGAGACGGGAUAGGCCAGUGUUCAUAUGGGUGAGCUUGAAUAAGGCCAAUGUUCAUAUUCUAUUGUUCAUAUUCUAUUUCACCAACUUGCUUGACUGCUAUAUUUCUGCUCA